AUGAAGAAACCAGAAUUCUUGGAAGAGCUCCAAGCCUUGCUGACAGAGGCUGGGACAGUUUCUCUCGAGUGCAAAUGCGUUGGAGUUCCCACACCGGUCUUGAAAUGGUACAAAGAUGGCAAGGAAAUCAAGCCCGGCGACGUGUUCGCGCUUUCGCACCGCAGAGACGGCGAUGGGCCGGACGACGAGUCGCAAUUAGGCACUUACACGUGUCAGGCUGUCAACUGUAUGGGCAUUGCCACGUCGACGUCACGCGUUCGGGUUACGGGGAAAAGCGGGUCUCAGGAAGGAAAUCUCGGACCUCGCCCGCGCUCUAGCCGUCGAUCGCCUGGAUCUCGUCAGACUCCGCAACGAUCGCCUACACCUGCCGGUCCUCCACCAGAGCUUCUGGAGUCCUUGACUAACCAGAGAGUCAAAGUGGGAGAGCCGCUUUUUCUGCAAGCAAAAGCUAUUUCUCCCGCGGAGCCGAGGGCGACAUGGUAUCAUAGAGAAAAUCCAGUAGAAUCGAGUGAAAAAUAUCGCAUGUCCAUAUUCACUGUUGAGCACGCAGGCGAAGAUGGAGCGAAAUUUUCAGCUUUCGCGCUUCGCAUAGAUGUGCUACCAGCUGAAGUAGGCGACGAAGGCGACUGGAAAUGUGAAAUCCACAACGACGGUGGUAAAGUCGACACCACCUGUAACGUUCGACUGGCAGUGCCAAAGAAUUAUCGUCCUCCAAGAUUUUUGGAAGAGUUGAAAGCCAUGUUAACCGAGGAAGGGCUGGUAUCCUUCGAGUGUAAAGUAGUUGGCUUUCCCACACCCACACUGCGAUGGUACAAAGACGGACACGAGCUCAAACCGGGAGAUGUUUACCAGCUCUCAGGGACCAAUUCACUCGGACAUUAUGCGUGCGUUGCAAAAAAUUGUAUGGGGAUUGCCAGAAGCGAAGCGGAACUCACGAUUGCAGACAUUGAGGCUCAACUUACGGAGGAGGAAAUGAAAGAGGCUGUGGCAACCGUGUCAGCAACCACAACUACGGGACCUGCAGAACCACCUGUUUUCAAAGUUGGUCUCCGUGACGUGGAAGCUAAACUGAGCGAACUUCUACAAUUGACUGUCCAAGUUGAUGUGAGCAGGUUCCAGCCCAAGCAAGUCAUCUGGUAUCACGAAGGAGAGGAAAUCAUCCCAUCAGGGAAGUUUUCCGUGUUUCAGGAAGUGGAUGGCAUUUUCCAGUUGGAGGUCAGCUCAGCGGAGAUCAACGACCAGGGCACCUGGAAAUGCGCGGCAGUCAACGACAUCGGCGAGAGGACAACUUCUUGCCAUGUUGCCAUGACCAUUCCAAAGCACUACAAGAAGCCGCGGUUUCUAGAACCACUCCGUGCUGUCUUGUCAGAAGAAGGCACAGUUAUCGGAGUACCUCAGCCGAUCCUGAAGUGGUUCAAAGAUAACGAGGAGCUACGUGCAGGUGACAUUCACCGAAUAAUGUCUGGUCAAGAUGGUACAUGUUGUUUGGGAACAUAUACUUGCGUCGCAAGCAACUGCAUGGGCAGUGCGUCUUCGUCUGCUGCAUUGCUUGGAUUCGAAGAGCGAUUGCCUCCUCGGGAAUUGGAACCAGAGCAACCCGCUGGCAAACGACCGUCGAUCGAUGAUCACAUUAGAGUUACACGCCAUCCAUCUUUGUCAACCAUCAACGAGGAGAGGUCAUCGCAAAUUGGCACAGGAAGCUUUUACGAAACUCCAAUGUCUGACAUUUCAUCAAGUGCGACCCACGAUGGUGCUCCUGAAGACGAAGAAAAAGCAGAACUGUCGGUGUCCAUCGAUGGCCGUGAUGUGUCUGUUUCCGUUUCACUAUACGAAACCCCCGAUAUCAGUGAACUCGACGCGCAGAAAAUCGUGGAAAUUUUUGCUGAUGAGUUGUCGGAAUACAUUUCGGCAAAAGAGGUCAUCAACUUGUCGCCGUUGCGGUUUGUGAAAGAGGUGGCUACUUCCGGAAAUAUCCUGAUGGAGGCCACCGUCGUGGACAUGCCCGGCCACUGGAGUGCACCUGCUGUCACAAUUUCCGAAUUCACGCAAUGCGCAGACGAUCUCUGUACAGAAGCCGAUAUCGACGAACUGAGUGCGAUGGAGGCCAUAAUGAUUGAAGAUGUGAGGGCCAAUCAGUUGUUUGACACGAUGAACACCCUCAACGACUAG